AUGACAGAGACGCAAGUGCUGCGCCGAGCCACGAGCAGCGUCGUCGAAUUGACCGCUGUGCAUGAGACAAGUCGGUACUUCAUGAUUCCAUCAACAGCUACGGUCCAGGAGGAGAUCAUUCAGGCCACGAGGCACCCGCUCUGUCUCGUUGGCGCCUCCACAAGGGUGAAGAAGACAAGCGCGGCUUUCGGCGUCCAAGCACGCCCCGGCAAGGCCUACCGACUCACCAAUUGGAGGCUCGCCCCGGAGCACUGA